AGAGAGAGAGAGAGAGAGAGAGAGAGGCUGGCUACCUGAACUGGUUUAGCGCGUGUCGGUGUGUCGGGAGAGUCGCGCGCUGUUUAGUGUCUGGAGCUGUGUGUGUGUGUGAGGUGUGUGAGGAGAGACAGAGAGAGAGAGAACAGAAAGAAAGAGAGAGAAAGAGGAGAGGAGAUCCAGCUGUAACACAGGUGGUGAGCUGUGACUCCCGAGCGAUGACGACACAUUGACACAGAGGGAAAGAUGCUCAGCUUGGAGGAGGAGCCUAUCAAAUACGGAGAGCUCGUCGUCCUCGGGUGUAAUGGCUCGUUCCCAGGAGGCAGGAGGAAGAGUCGCUUCAGUCUCCACAGACGAAACACAGCUAAUGGAGUUAAACCAGGAACCGUUCACCUCGCCUGCAGUCCAGAGGCAGCCAAGGUGAUCAGUAAUAACAGUCAGCACAGCGUCUCAUACACACUGUCCAGUGCUGAGACCGUGGUGGUGGAAUACACAGAUGACAACGAGACAGACAUGUUUCAGAUUGGUAGAUGCACUGAGAGCCCUAUAGACAUUGUGGUGGCGAGUCCAAUGGGCUGUAGCCACAGCAGACACUCAGGUUCCUUCCAGAGUACCAUCUCUCGCUUCGCGUGUCGGAUUGUGUGUGAGCGAGCUCCGCCCUACACCGCCCGAGUGUACGCUGCCGGCUUCGACUGCUCCAGGAACAUCUUCCUCGGGGAGAAGGCAGCUAAGUGGCGUUCGUUCACUGGUCAGAUGGACGGUUUGACCACUAACGGUGUUCUGGUGAUGCAGCCGAAAGGCGAGUUUAGUGGCUCAUGUGAGCCUGGAGUGUGGAGGGAAAUCUCCGUCUGUGGCAACGUUCACACACUCCGAGUGACCAGAGCUUCCCAGAGCAAGGGCCAGCAGGUGAUGGACGAGUCUCAGGUGCUGGUGGACGGCUCUCUGAUCGAUCUGUGUGGAGUGACCCUGCUGUGGCGCUCUGCGGCGGCGCUCUCACGCUCUCCCGGACCGGAGCACUUGGAGGAGCUGAGGGUGAAGCUGAACGCUGCACGUCCACACUGUCCCGUCCUGCUGCACACGCUGGCCUUUCCCAGCCUGGACGAGCCGGAAUCCCAUCAGCUGCGCCAGCCCUGGGCUUACCUGUGCUGCGGCCACGUGCACGGUUUCCACCCGUGGCGGGGCAGAGGGACGGCCAUCAAGUAUGAGGAAGAGAAGGAGGAGGAUGAAGAGGAUGUAGUGAAGGCAGCAAGGGAAGGAGACAAGGACAGGGAGUGCCCUCUGUGUCGGGCUCGAGGCCUGUACGUGGCUCUGACGCUGGGUCGAGAGUCGCGGCUGUGUGUGGACGCCGGGCCUCCGUCUCACGCCUUCGUGCCGUGUGGUCACGUCUGCUCGGAGGCCACAGCGCUGUACUGGAGUAAAACCACGCUGCCGUGUGGCGCCAGUUCUUUUUACCCUGCUUGCCCCUUCUGCAUGAAACAGCUAGCGCGCGACAGACCCUACGUCAGGCUCAUCUUUCAGGGAGCGCCAGAUUGAGCGUCCAUGUGUGUGUGAUAUGAAUGUGGACAGCUUUCUUCACUGCCCAACUGACUGCUGCUCAGAUCUGAUAGGUGUUCCUCUCACUCCUCCGCGGGCUCUGUCUCUUUUGUCCACCCCGUCCUCCCUCACACUGCCAGAAUCUCCUCAUGCUCUUGAUCCAGGUCUGACAUCGGUUCACGGAGCCUCGACCUCCUCCUGCGUGUCUGACGAUCCUUCAGGAUGUGACGUGAAACAGCACCUUCCAUUCCGACAGACAACGUUAGCGUGUCGCUGCUGUAGACAGACUGCACUGUUAGCACAGGCGUGUGUACAUGUUUAUUUAUCGAUUGAAUAUAAAAACCAUUAAUAAUCAGCCAAGUAUUUAACUUAAUUGGGAUGACUUUAACAACUGACCAAUCCCAAGUCCUGCCAAGCUACACAGGGUCCAGCUUCUGAAAAAAGACCCAUCCAAAAUGGUUCAGAAACAUAGGAAAUGUUUAGCUUAGCGUAUUUAUUGAUAACUUAUCAAUCGUUUUUUUUUUAUCGUUUUUGAGUGAUAACACCUAACAGCUAAUCAAGCUAGCAGAUAGCCUAUUUAUCUAUAACAAUCUUCAGUGUAACACUAGCCGUCUAUUUUACGGUACGAUUAGUUAAUUGUUUAUGUCAGACUCCAACGUAACGUUAGCUAACUAAACUCUCAGUCUGAUUGUUGCAGCCGUCCUUCAUCUACUUCAGCUAACAUUUGUAUCUUGAGCUUCAGCUUGAAAAAUCUGCCCCAGAGAAAUCAUGAGGCGAUGGUAGAUAGCUGCCGUCGCUAAAGCAGCGAUAGCAGAGCCGGGGCUUGUGAUUGUUCAGUUGUAAAAGAAAAUAUGGUUAAACUUUCAGCACAGAGUGAUAUUCGAGUACAGAUUACAGCCACAUGGUAAUAUUUGGACUGUUACAGUGAAAUAUGGCUGGUGAAGGACAUGUCGAGUGAAAUGUUACUCAGAUCCUCAGUGGCAUUUAAUCACGCUGUACAGACACUUUGGUUAGACCCGGUCAUUAUGCUAUUACGUUUUAUUCUCCUCUGCACUCUGUAGAUAUCACUUCCUGCUUCAACCUUCGAUGAACUCCGUGCUGUACCUUCGGUGCUUGGACCCCCGUCAUCGCUGCUUACAGUUAUUUCUGCUUGUUGCAGUUUUUCAUUCCAGUGUAUGACAUGACUUGGAACUUUUUUUUUAAUGUGUAAUAUUAACCAUGCUAAAACACACUACAGCUAAACUAUUUUACAUUCUGUCUCUGGGGCAUUUUUUAAAAUAAACUUUAAUAAUGAG